UCGGGGGCUGCUCCGGGCCGCGCUCAUGUCACAGGCGUCUUUGCGUCCGGCCUGAGGGCUGCAGGAGUGCGGGCGCGGCCGGGCGGGCCGGGACCAGAAAUUGCCUUCAACCCUGUUUGGUGCAUCUUUGGCAGAAAGUGAGAAGGAAAACACCCUGAUUGUUCUUUGGCAUGGACACAAGUUCAGUGGGAGCAUUAGAACUGACUGAGCAGACUCCUGUUUUAUUGGGAAGUACGGCCAUGGCAACUGGUCUCACAAAUGUAGGAAAUUCAUUUAGUGGUCCACCCAAUCCUUUAGUGUCUAGAUCUAAUAAAUUUCAAAACUCAUCAGUGGAAGACGAUGAUGAUGUUGUUUUUAUUGAACCUGUACAACCUCCCCCACCUUCUGCACCAGUGGUAACUGAUCAAAGAAACAUAACAUUUACUUCAUCAAAAAAUGAAGAAUUACAAGGAAAUGAUUCCAAAAUUAUUUCUUCCUCAAAAGAGUUGGCUUCUCAGAAGGGAAGUGUAAGUGAGACAAUUGUCAUCGAUGACGAAGAGGACAUGGAAACAAAUCAAGGGCAAGAAAAAAAUUCCUCCAAUUUUAUAGAACGGAGACCUUCUGAGACUAAAAAUAGAACCAAUGAUGUGGAUUUCUCUACUUCCAGUUUUUCAAGAAGUAAGACCAAGACUGGAGUAGGACCUUUUAAUCCUGGUAGAAUGAAUGUGGCAGGAGAUGUAUUUCAGAAUGGAGAAUCUGCAACUCAUCAUAAUCCUGAUUCUUGGAUCUCCCAGUCAGCAUCAUUUCCCCGUAAUCAGAAACAACCAGGGGUGGAUUCUUUAUCACCAGUGGCCUCACUUCCUAAACAGAUUUUUCAGCCUUCUGCCCAGCAGCAACCCACUAAACCAGUUAAAGUUACUUGUGCAAACUGCAAAAAACCUUUACAGAAGGGACAGACAGCUUAUCAACGAAAAGGAUCAGCUCAUCUCUUUUGUUCUACUACCUGCCUUUCUUCCUUCUCCCACAAGCCUGCUCCAAAGAAACUCUGUGUUAUGUGUAAAAAAGAUAUAACUACGAUGAAAGGAACCAUUGUUGCUCAAGUAGAUUCAAGUGAGUCCUUCCAGGAAUUCUGUAGUACAUCUUGUUUGUCUCUUUAUGAAGACAAACAGAAUCCUACUAAAGGAACUCUAAAUAAAUCAAGAUGUACAAUCUGUGGUAAACUAACAGAGAUUCGCCAUGAAGUUAGCUUUAAAAAUAUGACUCAUAAACUGUGCAGUGACCACUGCUUUAAUAGAUACAGAAUGGCCAAUGGUCUAAUAAUGAAUUGCUGUGAACAGUGUGGAGAAUAUUUGCCCAGUAAAGGUGCUGGAAAUAAUGUUCUGGUGAUUGAUGGUCAGCAGAAAAGAUUUUGCUGUCAAAGUUGUGUCAGUGAAUACAAACAGGUAGGUAGCCAUCCAAGCUUCCUGAAGGAGGUUCGUGAUCACAUGCAGGAUUCUUUCUUAAUGCAGCCUGAGAAAUAUGGAAAACUGACAACUUGUACUGGAUGCCGAACUCAGUGCAGGUUUUUUGAUAUGACUCAGUGUAUAGGUCCUAAUGGAUAUAUGGAACCAUAUUGUUCAACCGAUUGCAUGAAUAGUCACAAGACAAAAUAUGCAAAAUCACAAAGUUUGGGAAUUAUUUGCCAUUUUUGUAAGCGAAACUCUUUACCUCAAUACCAAGCCACAAUGCCUGAUGGAAAACUGUGUAACUUUUGCAAUUCCAGUUGUGUGGCUAAGUUUCAGGCUCUAAGCAUGCAGUCAUCUCCAAAUGGCCAAUUUGUAGCACCAAGUGAUAUUCAGUUGAAAUGCAACUACUGUAAAAAUUCCUUUUGUUCAAAACCAGAAAUCCUGGAAUGGGAGAACAAAGUGCAUCAGUUCUGCAGCAAAACUUGUUCAGAUGACUAUAAGAAGUUGCAUUGCAUAGUUACAUAUUGCGAAUACUGUCAAGAGGAGAAGACUCUUCAUGAAACAGUAAAUUUCUCUGGCGUUAAGAGACCUUUCUGUAGUGAAGGCUGCAAACUAUUAUACAAACAGGAUUUUGCAAGGUGUUUAGGAUUAAGGUGUGUUACCUGCAACUAUUGUUCUCAGCUGUGUAAGAAGGGAGCAACUAAAGAACUUGAUGGUGUUGUGAGAGAUUUCUGCAGUGAAGACUGCUGUAAAAAAUUUCAGGAUUGGAACUAUAAGGCUGCAAGGUGUGACUGUUGUAAAUCUCAAGGAACUCUUAAAGAGCGAGUGCAGUGGCGUGGGGAAAUGAAACACUUUUGUGAUCAACACUGCUUGUUACGUUUUUAUUGUCAACAAAAUGAGCCCAACAUGACAACUCAGAAAGGACCUGAAAAUUUACAUUAUGAUCAGGGCUGUCAGACAUCCAGAACCAAAAUGACAGGUUCAGCACCACCCCCUUCUCCAACACCAAACAAAGAGAUGAAGAACAAAGCAGUUCUUUGCAAACCUCUAACAAUGACAAAAGCUACUUACUGUAAGCCUCACAUGCAGACCAAAUCUUGUCAGACAGAUGAUAAUUGGAAGACAGAAUAUGUUCCAGUGCCUAUUCCCGUGCCUGUGUAUAUCCCAGUACCUAUGCACAUGUACAGCCAGAAUAUUCCUGUUCCUACUACAGUUCCUGUUCCUGUGCCCGUUCCUGUUUUUCUGCCUGCUCCAUUGGAUAGCACUGAGAAAAUUCCGGCUGCAGUUGAGGAGCUAAAAAGCAAAGUUUCUUCAGAUCCUCUUGAUACAGAGUUGCUUACAAUGACAGAUAUGAUGAAUGAAGAUGAGGAGAAAACAGAUACAUCCAACAUCAAUAGUGUAAUUAUCGAAAGUGAUAUAAUUGGUUCAGAUCUCAUUAAAAGCUCUGACUCAGAGACACAGUCCAACAUGCCUGAUGUACCGUAUGAACCAGAUUUGGAUAUUGAGAUAGAUUUUCCCAGAGCUGCUGAGGAGCUUGAUAUGGAAAAUGAGUUUUUAUUACCACCUGUUUUUGGAGAAGAACAUGAGGAACAGCCCAGACCUCGAUCUAAAAAAAAGGGAGCCAAGAGAAAAGCUGUAUCAGGAUACCAGUCUCAUGACGAUAGUUCUGAUAAUUCAGAAUGCAGCUUUCCUUUCAAAUACACAUAUGGUGUGAAUGCUUGGAAACACUGGGUCAAAACUAGGCAACUUGAUGAAGAUCUUCUAGUAUUAGAUGAGCUGAAAUCUUCUAAAUCAGUAAAAUUAAAAGAAGAUCUACUGUCUCAUACUACAGCUGAGCUUAACUAUGGGUUAGCUCAUUUUGUCAAUGAGAUCCGACGACCAAAUGGAGAGAAUUAUGCACCUGACAGCAUCUAUUAUCUCUGCCUUGGAAUACAGGAGUACUUGUGUGGUAGUAAUCGAAAGGACAACAUAUUUAUUGAUCCAGGAUACCAGAUGUUUGAGCAAGAAUUGAAUAAAAUACUACGAAGUUGGCAACCAAGUAUACUUCCAGAUGGGUCAAUAUUCUCUCGAGUUGAAGAAGACUAUCUCUGGAGGAUAAAACAACUAGGAUCACACUCUCCAGUAGCUCUUUUGAAUACCCUGUUCUACUUUAACACUAAGUAUUUUGGCCUCAAAACAGUGGAACAACACUUAAGACUUUCCUUUGGCACUGUGUUUAGGCAUUGGAAAAAAAAUCCUUUAACAAUGGAAAACAAAGCAUGUCUUCGAUACCAAGUAUCUUCUUUAUGUGGAACAGAUAAUGAAGAUAAAAUUACUACUGGAAAAAGAAAACAUGAAGAUGAUGAGCCAGUGUUUGAGCAAAUUGAAAACACAUCCAAUCCUUCUAGAUGUCCUGUGAAAAUGUUUGAAUGCUACUUGUCUAAAAGUCCACAGAAUCUUAAUCAGAGAAUGGAUGUUUUUUAUUUGCAACCAGAAUGCUCUAGUUCAACAGAUAGCCCUGUCUGGUAUACAUCUACUUCACUGGACCGAAACACCUUGGAAAAUAUGCUUGUACGGGUUCUUCUAGUAAAAGAUAUUUAUGAUAAAGACAAUUAUGAACUGGAUGAAGACACAGACUAAAAAGGAAUGUUUCAGAAGCAAUCGGGAUAAAACAGCAUUAGAUAGUCAUGCUGCUAGAUCUUCAUUAUGGAAAACAUUUCAAGUUUACUCCUGUUUUGAGUUUUGUAGCAGUGUACCCACACUGGGUAUUACCAUGUAAAUAAUCUGUGAGUGAAAGUUGCCAUUAUUCUAUGUAGUGGUUUUAGAAUACUUAACAAAUACAUUCAAAUCCUUUUUUUUAUUAUUUAUUUGAUUAGGUAUGUUUGUAACUUUUUACAUUACAAAAUACGAAUGAGAAUGUGCCAUGUAUAAUUUUUUUCUUGUAGUAAGAAACAUCCAUAUUGCACAACUCUACUGUUGCAAAGCUUCCUCAACAAGGGGCGCUUUUACUGGGUUCUUGACCAGAUGGUUGUGUAUGGGUAGCACUACUAAAAGUUUAGAACUUGCAGUGUCUUUCAGGAUUUUUAAAAUAAACUGUAAACUAAUAGGCUGGGUUUUUGUUUUGUUUUGGGGGGUUUUUGUUUGUUUGUUUUUAUGUUUUAGUUACUGAAGCCUUACAAGUUAUGUAGAGAGAUACCAUCUUCUGUACCAAAAAUAGACAAGAGAAUGCUGUCAAUAUUGGUGUACUGUAAUGUGAAUCUAUACUGGUGAAAACAACUUUUUG